AGUUCGGCAUUGACAUAACUGAUAAGUCCGCUUACCUGAUAAAGUAGAAAAAAAAGCUUGAAAUUCACGCUGGGACUUAAGUUCUGUAACAGAAGGAAAUGAUCGCAAAAUCGUUACAAAUGAUCAAACUUCGCCAUAGUUCCUCAAAAUGAUCUUGUGUCCAUAUAAACCGCCUAGGAUGAGUUAUUUUUAAAGGAAAAAAGACAGACCCGAAUAUUUUUAUUUUGAUUUUAUUUAUGACUGGAACCAGGAAGUUAACAAAGAAUCAAAUAACAUAAUGGCCAUAACCCAGUUGAUGCCUUAAACAUGUGAUACUAGGUAGAGGUAUUCACAAAUUUACAACGUUGAACAUGCCAUAGAAUGAGUCCGACUUUAUCAAGACCACAUAUUAACAAAUUAUUUCUUCAUCUCUGAAAAUGGUUGCAUUUGAUUUGAACGUGAAGGGGAAACAUUUGGCCCGCAUAUUUCUUAUCAUUGUACUACUUCCUGCAAAAGUGUUUUGCAGUUGCGAUUUGUCUACCAACCUUAUGCAUAUCAACGAAACAGCCGAAAGUGUAGUAAUUAAGUAUGCGAACUAUUCACUUACCAACAUCACAUGGAGUAUGAAGUUGUCCGCUGCUGGUGUCAAUCAAGUGGAUGCUACUCAGUUGAAUGACUAUAUUACGCUGAAUUACACCAACACUGACUUGGAGCUCACGGUCGUCAAAGCACUGGACAAGGAGGACCUCUUCGAAAAAUUUAAAGUUGAUAUAAAAAUUAUCAUUCUUCAAAUGUCUUGUUCAACACCAGGGAAUCAAGAAAUACGAACAAAUUUGACCUUGGUUAUCGAGGAGAUUAAUGAAUUUCCUCCAGAGAUUUACGGGGGUCCAUACAACGUUACUGUGAAAGAGGAUACACUCAGUGGAACAACAAUUUUGAAGGUCAACACCACUGACCCGGAUGUUCCUAAAACUUCUUUAAUCUACCUUUUAAAAAGCACUGAUAAUUCUACUUUAGGUUCUAAAUACCUUGGAUUUCCUCAACCUAGUUUACCAGACUUGAAGCUUCUAGAAAUGGUCGACUAUGACAAACUUGUGGCUGAUGGCAUAAUGCCCAAAUUUCAGUUUCUUUUAAAUGUCACGGACAACAAUGGUUAUGGUCUAAGCAACCAGACAGACAUUACCGUUAUCAUUGAGGAUGUAGACGAUCUACCACCCGUAUUUCUGUAUCCUACCUGUGGAAAGCAAUGUGCUACGACUCAGUUCCGAAUAAACAUAACGGACAAAACCUAUAGAGGACCAUUGACAGUUCUACCUAUUGCCUUAAAAGCAGUUGACCAGGAUACGUUGAAUUACAGCAUCACUUAUUCUAUACUGGAAGACCAGGAGAACUUCCACGCAUCGUUUGAAAUAGAUAAUGCAACUGGUUUAAUUUCACAAGUAGGAGAUGUUAGUCACUCUGGAAUCAUUUCAGUGAAGGCAGAGGAAAUUUCCAUCAAUAAACACUCAGCAACAGCAGUAGUAUUGGUAGAGGUUCCAAACACUUUUGUUAACUCACCAGAACAGAGCACAGCCCAAGAUAAUAGUGGCGGGCUCCUGAUUGGUAUUAUAGUUUUGGCCAUUGCAGCGUCCGCAUUGAUAUCUGUAGUGGCAGUCCUGAUAAUUCUACACCGAAAGUUAAAGAAACAAGUGGUGCCUUUUGAUGGUAAUGACAUGGUAGCAAAACCCUUGGAACAGACUGUUUCGAAAACAACAGAAGUAAACGAAGUGAAACCAAUUCCAAGGAAUAAUGAUAUUCAGGAGGAUAUUGACAUCGAGAAGAAAGAAAAGGAUACCGAAGAGGACACAAAUGUUACAGACCAUAUAUCGAAUAGUGAUGCUAUAAACAAUAUACCUACACCAUCUCAAAGAAACAAUUUACUUGAUCCUAUAGACCCAAGAGAAUCUCAAAAGAAAAGGAAGAAGAAAAAGAAAAAGAAAGAUUAUCUGAAAAAGAUGGGAGAAGAAAGACAACAAAAUCAGUUAGAAAAUACCGAGGAUCAGAUGGAGGGAGAAGAAGAAACCACACAACUAAGUGUCACAGGAGAAAACCGUCAUCAAAUAGAAGCUUUAGAUGGGCAUUUUGUUCAGGAAACUGAUGAAAUUAUGGUUUGAAUAACUUGAAGGUCCCCCAUUUGUA